CACACACACACACACACACAGGACAGUGAACCGGGUAGGAGUGCAUUGUUAUCACCACCACAUCACCACCGUCCCACCCCGUCGAGCCCCGCCAAGCCCUGCAACACCAUGCCGCUGCUAAGUGUGUAAACGCCAGCCAAUCCCGGUGCUCCGUGUUGGCUUCACAGGCAGCUGCCAGCCUGCCACACACCCACACAAGCCUGAACAGAAUCUCCUUGUCCCUGCGCUGCAAAUAUACCAUGUCGCGUCUGAAUUUGGUCCUCUUGGCGUGCCUGGUGGGCCUAAGUGUGCAUGGCAGCCUGGCAGAGGAGCAGUGCCACACCUUUGCAGGCGGCGCUGUGUACCCCAACACCGAGGGCCGGGCGUCGGGGCAUACGCUACAGUGGACAUCUGCUAUGAUAAGUAAACCUGCACCAACUUGGGAAGGAACUGCUGUUGUUGAUGGACAGUUUCAAGAGUUAAAGCUGACAGACUAUCGUGGGAAAUACCUGGUCUUCUUUUUCUACCCUCUGGAUUUUACGUUCGUGUGUCCAACAGAAAUCUUGGCAUUCAAUGACCGAGUGGAAGAGUUCCGAGCAUUGAAUGCAGAGGUGGUGGCUUGCUCCAUUGACUCUCACUUCACUCACCUUGCAUGGACCAGCACUCCACGAAAGGAUGGUGGGCUGGGUAAGCUGAAGAUUCCUCUCUUGUCAGACAUCACUCACAAGAUUUCCAAAGACUAUGGAGUUUACCUAGAAGAUCAAGGUAUUGCUCUUAGGGGUUUGUUCAUCAUUGACAACAAGGGAGUCCUGCGCCAGAUAACUAUGAACGAUCUGCCAGUGGGGAGAUCUGUUGAUGAGACUCUCCGACUGGUCCAGGCCUUCCAAUUUACUGAUGAACAUGGAGAAGUCUGCCCUGCCGGGUGGAAGCCUGGCGAUGACACUAUCAUCCCAAAUCCACAGGAAAAACUUAAAUAUUUUAAGAAAGCCAAUCAGUAGAGGUGUGUUGUGUAAUUGCUGCACUUCUCAGCAAGAAAAUGAUGAAUGGUACCAAGAUUUUCAGAAAGGAAUGGUAAAGUCAUUCCUGCAUUUUUUAAAUUUUUUGUAUAUGUGUCAAUGCUUAAAGGAAAGGGAAGCUUGCCGCUGUUUCACAUAUCCUUCAGAUGUGUGCAUGCAAGUGUUCGUACAGGCAUCCCUCAGUCUGGAGAUAAGUUAUUCUUUUAAAAGCAUUUUAUAAGUUGGAAAUUAUUAAAUCAUGGUGUUCUAAUCCAUAAACUACUUUCCAAAAUUUAUUCUCAUGAACAUAAACAAUAUAUAUAUAUAUAUAUAUAUAUAUAUAUAUAUAUAUAUAUAUAUAUAUAUAUAUAUAUAUAUAUAUAUAUAUAUAUAUACAGCAAAACAAGAAAACAAUAUUUAUAAUAAACAUAGCAAAGCAAGAAAGAAGCAGCACAUGAUACACUGGUAACACUUUAUAUAACAAACAUGCAGAUGCAUUGUAAAUGAUGUUGAUAGUAAGGCAUUUAGAUGAAGAUUGCCAAAGGUAUUGCUGAACUGACAAAAAUUUUCUAACAUAUUUGACUGGGCCUUUAGUUGUCACUACAUGGGCAAUAAAUAGAUCAAGAAAAUGUUGUAAUAGAGAUCUUGAUUUUGAAGUGCAAGACUACAAACAUUAUCUUCAGUUUUCAGAUAGUUCUACACUUUGGUCUGAUUUGCAGUGGUACUCAAAGAAGAAUUCUGGAAAAAUGUUCUGUUUGUGAGAAUAAUCAAAGUUUUGUCAACAUUUGUAAUUGAAGCAUUCAUAAGUCAGGGUUUGCCAGGAAGUGAAAGAGUAUCAGCUGAAAUGUUGUAAUGGUUUUAAAAUGAUGAACUCGGGCUUUAUAAAAUGUACAUUAUAAAAUGUACAAAGUUAUGGGAGCAUUAAUGUAGAAGUAAUAUGUAAGACUAUUGAUAGGAAUGACAAGCUGUAACAGAACACUCCCUUUUGUCUGCAUCCUCUGCAUAUUUCUUACUUGUUGAAACCAAUUAACAGUUUUUUACAGCUAAUGCAUUGUUUCAGGCAUAGGAUGACCAAGCUCAAGAAUACAUGAAGUGGAUGAUUGCAUAGGAAUGAUUAGAUGUUUUCAUAAGCUGCAUGUAUGAAUACGAUAAUUCUCUGAUUAUAAUGCCGAUGUUCCUAAUGUAACUGCAACAACAUAUAGCUAUCUCUUUGAUGCAUUUGGACCAGCUGAGCAAGUAAAUACUAAAUUUCACACAUUGGCUAUCUAACUAUCUACACACUUUGUUCUUAUUCUGGAGUGCUGUUACUGCUCUUGAAUCCUCUCGUUGUGGAGUCACUGCUCUCAUUAUUUUGUUCUUGAGUCUCUUCACUGUGCUGAUGGUAUACUUAAAGGUCUGUUUCUUUCCUGUUACUGGUGUACUCAGGGUCUAUCUUUCUGUUGUUCUGUCCUUGCCUUGAAGGCCUCUCUGUUAUGCCAUCGUUGUUCUCUCCAGAUUUAUCUCACUUUUUCUGAGGUGCUGGCUUUGUCCUCAUGUCCUCCUCCUAAGGUGCUACUACUGCCCUCAAGCCCUCACUUCAUUUAGCACUAUCUACUUUUCUGAGGUGCUGUCAGUGUCCUCAAAUCCUGUUUACAUGCAUAUGAAUUAUGUACAUGACAUUCAGGGUUUGCUUUUGUUAAGAUUUGAUACUGCUUUAUCAUUUUUACUAGUUUUUUUUAUUAAUGACUGAAAUAUAAAGUGCAUUAGAUGGCCAAACAGCGUAUAGUCACUGUUCUGUGUGUAUACUAGAAGUUCAAUGAUCUUAAUUGUUUAAUGUUGUGAUUUGAUGGUUCUGAUUUUUUUCUAAUUCAGUUUUUGCUCUAUAUUUUUUUCUGUUUCUAUAAUUAAUCUUUUUUAUACAUUAUUGUGUUAUGAAAAGUACUUACAGGCAUUAUUUUUUUUAAGGGGGCCAAGAUUUCUCAUAUGCUUCAAAGGGGUUACUGAAAAUAACCCUGCCCAGUAUAGUGUGAUUAUAAGUAUUCCAUUCCAUAAUUCAAGGUUGCUGACAACUGAAUCACUGAGACUACUAUGACCUUGAGCAGGUAAUACUAUUUUGGAAAAAAAUUUUCAUGCCAAGAAUUCUGUUAGAUUUCUCCAACAAAUAGCAUGAAUUGUUAUUAUCCAUAUAUUACAAGUAUGAACUGCACAAUCUCAGUGAUAUUUUGCUUUCGUCUCACCAUGCGUAUAACAUGUACUGCCGAUUCAAUACGCAUGUGGAGUUGAAACUUAAGGAAAUAUUUUACUUAACCACUAAAGUUAUAAGGGGAGUGUUUACAAGUGAUAAGAGGGGAUUGGGAACUUUGCUUGAAUUUCUCACUGGGUAUUGAAAUGUAGAAUUGUUUCCAUUAUUACAUUAAUUUCUGCAUUAAAAUAUGAUGACCAAGUAAUUACUUGUUAUGGUUUUCAAACUUUCCAUUACAAUUAUUAGUGAGUGAAGGUGAUGGUGUUUGACGGAUAGCUUAAGCCUGGACUGCUAUUGUAAGAUGUGCAGUAUUUUACUGAAAUUGUUCAGUAAUUAUCCUGUAACCAAUUCAUGGUCUUAAUGUAACAUUUGACACUAAUAAACAUUUUGAUUCCAUGAA